AUGACGCAUGAGCAGGUUACACACGAAACUCAUCCAAGCCUUAAUGAGGAGCCCCAAGUCACGAAAAAGCCCGAUUCCCACGAACCCUACACAAAGCCGUAUGAGGAACAUCAAGCCACACAUGGGCCCGACGGUCCACACGAUUUUCAUCCAAAACCCCAUGGAGGAAAUGUUCCACUUGGUGGCCCCGAACCUGAAAAAACCCAACAGGGGAUACCUUGGCAAAACCCCUGGAAUGGAGGAUGGAAUAAUGGACCUUCUAAUGGCUGGCCCAACAACGGACCAGAGAAUAGGCCAUUUGGAGCAGCUCCGUGGAACGGCGGGGGAUGGCGAUUUGAUCCUUUUGGUAUCUUCGACCAUUGGUUCGGUUUCUUCGGAGGAAUGCUGUAG